AUGUGGAACGGACAGUCUAGCCACCACCACCAUCACCAUCAUGAUCCUCAGAGUGGUUAUCCUCCCUCGGUUGGCGCAGAUUCCUCCUAUGCAAUGCCUGCUCCUGGCAUGCCAGCGCCAACCGUGCAAUCUCAAGGGUACAACCCAGGGUAUUCGCCCGCGUAUGGACCUCCCCAAGAACCUCCUGGUGGCAGCUUUGGACCGCCUUCUGGACCACCUCCAACCUCAGGAUACCCCGGACAGUAUCAUCAUCAACACCACCACCAUCCCGUAGAGUACGCGCCCCCGCCAGGUCCACCUCCCUCUAUUCCACCUAAUAGGCCAUCCGGUCAGUAUAUGCCGCCAUCAGGGCCGCCACCUUCCAGCCAGUAUAUGUCUCCGCCGGGACCUCCGCCAUCUAACCAGUAUGGUGCCCCCGGCAAUUAUCGCGCGUAUGCACCACCAGCUGGCCCUCCACCCCGUCCUCCGACAAACCACCAAAGCUAUGGACCGGUGUUUGAAGGACAGAACCACCAGCAACAGCAGCUGCAUUUCCAGUACUCGCAGUGUACAGGGAGGAGAAAGGGGCUCUGCAUUGGAAUUAAUUACAUUGGCCAGUCAGCGGAGCUUCAGGGAUGCAUCAACGAUGCGCACAACGUCCGACGUUUCCUUUGCAACGACUUUGGGUAUAACCAGGACGACAUUGUGAUGCUGACCGAUGAUUCAAAUAAUCCUCGCUCCAUUCCUACCAAAGCGAACAUGAUCGAAGCGAUGCAGUGGCUCGUGCGUGGUGCACAGCCGAAUGAUUCGCUCUUCUUUCAUUACUCUGGACAUGGUGGACAGACGAAAGACUUGGACGGAGAUGAAGAGGACGGGUACGACGAAGUGAUCUACCCGGUCGACUUCCAGCAUAAUGGCCAUAUCGUCGACGACCUGUUGCACGAUAUUCUAGUCAAACCGCUCCCUGCUGGCUGCCGUCUCACUGCUAUCUUUGACUCAUGCCACUCCGGGAGUGCACUCGACCUUCCUUAUCUCUACAACCACGUGGGAAAAAUCAAGGAGCCCAAUCUUGCCGCCGAGGCCGCACAGGGCCUGCUCUCAGCAGCCAUGUCCUACGCUCGUGGCGAUCUGUCAGGCGUAUUCACUUCCGUUAGUGGACUUGUGAAGGGCGUCACAGGCAAUAGGCAGGCGACCAAUAUCACGAUGCAGACAAAAACCAGCCCUGCAGAUGCGAUUUCAUUCAGUGGAUGCAAAGACUCUCAGACGAGUGCCGACGCGGUCGAGGCAGGCCAGGCCACCGGUGCCAUGAGUUAUGCGUUCAUAGCAUCCUUGAGGCAAAACAAGAACCAGAGCUACCAGCAGCUGCUGCUCAGCGUCCGAGAGAUUCUGGCACGCAAAUACAGCCAGAUCCCGCAGCUCUCGAGUUCGCAUCCGAUGGACACGAACCUGCUGUUCAUCUGCUAG